UUCAUCAUCCUUAUCCUUAUCAUUCCUUAGAGACUCUAACCAUCCUAUCUUCUUCCACAGAACCAGUUCCUCAAGCGACUGGCUAUUAUGUUACUGCAACUCAUCUUACUAAGCGGGGCUGUGUAUCUGAGACCGUGUUAUUGCGGACCCAAAAACAUCUUGAGAUCUGACCCCGAAUUCCGUAAAAAACUGUGGGACAACUUCUUUGGCAACGAAAUCGAAGACAUCUCGAGGUACUGCUUCGAGGCAGGCACGCUCAUGGGGGUCGUGUACGUUAUUUUCCAGCAGGGCGAGGAAAUCAUGAACCAAGGACUGGUGUCGUUCAUGAGGGGCCUGGUCGGCAAUGCCCCGAAGGCCAUCUUCCUCUUCUCGAACCUCCUGAUCAUCCUCGCCGUACCCUGCCGCGUCCUGUACUUCUUCAAGGUCGACCUUGACCCGGUGUUCCGCGUUCUCGAGGAUGAGCUCAUGGCCUAUGCUGUGGCCGGGUCGUGGUUCAUGCUCAUGUUCUUCGCCGGCGCCCUCAAACUCACCGGCCCCUUCGUGGUGAUGAUUUACAAGAUGAUUUCCGGAGACAUGUUCACCUUCUCCAUCGUCUACGUCAUCAUGCUGUUGGGUUUCUCGCAGGCGUUUUACUUCCUGUACAAGCAUCCGAAGCAAGAUAAGGACAGCAAGUACAUUAAUUUCGGAAGCACUUGGAUGGCGCUGUUCCACAUGACUCUUGGGGAUUAUGACUACACGGCCAUGAACUUCAACAUCUACAGUGGCAUGAGCAAGUUCGUGUUCCUCGUGUUCACUAUCAUGCUGCCCAUUAUGUUGCUGAACAUGUUGAUCGCUAUGAUGGCCAACACAUACAGUACCGUCAUCUCUAUGUCGGAAAAGGAAUGGGUGAAGGCAUGGGCCAAGAUCGUCAUAGCCCUGGAACGCGCCAUAUCCCAGGAGAAGGCGAAGACGUACCUCUACAUGUACAGCCUCCCUCUGGGCGGAGGCGGCGACGGAGGGGAGGAAGCCCUCGGGGUGAUGGUUAUCAAGAGCAAAGACAAGACCAAGGCGAAGCAGAGGAAGGGAGCGCUCAGUAACUGGAAACGCGUUGGCCGAGUCCGUGGGCCUCGCCAAAGGGCCCCCGGGGAAAAUUUUUCUCGCAGGGAAAUGUGGGGCCUCCAGACGGCAGCCUCCACGCCCGUCAAAGGGCCGACCAAGAAGAAGGGCGGGCCGGGCAUGUACGGCAUCGCGGGCGUGGGCGGCGGCGGCAGCGGCGUCGACAUCAUGGGCGACGCGCUCAACCAGGCCAUGUUCGCGGCCGACAUGGACGGCGACGGCAUCCCCGACAACGGCUUCGGCGCCUUCAGCGGCGCCAUCGACCAGCUGGCCUUCACGCACGACCUCGACUUCUCCGGCGACGGCGUCGACGACGACCCGCUCAAGGCCAUGGGGCCCGGAGGCGCGGCGCCCCCGGGCGGAGCGCCGCGGCCGCCCGGCGCCGCGCCCCCGCCCCCGCCCAAGAAGAAGAAGAAGAAGCCCGAGGACGGCUUCGACAACCCCGCCUUCAUCGACGACGAGGAGCUGCUGCUGGCGGCGGCGCUGGGCGGCCACGAGUCCGACGACUCCGACGACGCCGACAUGCUGGCGUCGCGCCGCCUCGCGCAGCCCAGGAUCGUCAUCCAGGCGGAGACGGUCACGGCCGCCCCCGCCGUGGCCGCGCCGCCGCCCGUGGGCCCCGCGGCAGCCAAGCCCUCGAAGCCGCCGCCGCAGCCGCCCGUCGACGUGAACGCCCUCGCGCGGCCGCGGCUGCCGUCCGCCAAGAUGCGGCGCAUCGGCUCGGCGCGCAAGACGCCCUCGCGCUUCACCAUGACGUUCGACGACGGCUUCGGCGCCCAGAAGGCCAAGGGCGCCAAGGUCGGCGACGCCAAGGUCCUCGGCGCCGCGCCGCCGCCCGAGGGCUCCGCCGCCAGGGAAACUAAGGGCAAGGGAAGCCUCGAGGCCGACGCGUCGCCGCCGGAGGAGGACGCCUCGGGCGAGAAGUGGGCCUCGAAGCCCCGGCGCAGCAGCAAGAACAAGGUGGCGCCGUCGGGCAGCUCGGAGGAGAGCGUCGAGGCGGAGACCAAGGACGACUUCGACGUGGGCCUCCAGUCGGGCGCCGACUCCACGCGCGAGGAGGUGCGGGCCAAGGAGAAGAAGGAGCGCCCCAAGACGUCCGUGGCCAGCCAGAAGAUGAAGAAGCGGGCCACGGACGACGUCGGCAACAUGAACAGCAUCCUGCCGUGGGACAACGAGGACGGCGACAUCAAAUAGACGUCCCUGACGCCAGGGGCGCGGGCGCCAGAGGCACGGGACGCGAAGGCGAGGGCGCGGGGACGCUGACAUCAAGAAGACGCCGGCGGAGGUACGGGGACAUCAAGCAGACGUCUCGCAGGGGAAGGAGGCGUCGGUAAAGCUAUCCAGUGAGCGUCGCAAAAGGGGGAAGGAGCAGGCGAAGUCAUGAGGACGGUGACAUCAGGCAGACAUCAUAUGAAAGGAAGGACGAGAACAACGAGGACACAGGGAGA